AUGGUCGGCAUUUCAAACCUCUUCUGUUGGGUCACUGCGAUAUGGCUCUUCGCAGCCCCGUCUAUUUUGGGAGCGCCUACCAGCGAUGUACAGCUGGAAGAGAGGCAAUCGAUCAGCAAAAUGGUGUUUUGUCAUUUCAUGAUUGGAAUCGUAGAUGACCGCACCAGCGCUGCGGAUUAUGAUUCAGACAUGCAGAGAGCAAAGGCACUUGGUAUCGACGCAUUCGCGCUGAAUAUCGGCGUGGAUGCUUACACGGACACGCAACUCGGAUACGCGUACCAAUCGGCAGCUGAUAAUGAUAUGAAGGCCUUCAUCUCGUUCGAUUUCAACUGGUACAGUCCUAGUUCUGGCGCCUCGGCAGUCGGACAGAUGAUUGCUAAAUACGCAUCACAAUCCGCCCAGCUUAAAGUUGAUAACAAAGUCUUUGCAUCUUCCUUUUCUGGUGAUGGACUUGAUGUGGCGACAAUGAGGUCCUCGGCUGGAGUUGACGUCUUCUGGGCUCCAAACUUCCAUCCCGGUCAAUCUGAUGCCAGUUUGGUAGAUGGUGCUCUCAAUUGGAUUGCUUGGGAUAACGAUGGGAACAACAAAGCCCCGAAACCUGGAGCAAAUAUUACUGUUGAGGACGGGGAUGCAACUUACCAGACAUGGUUGGGUGGAAAGCCUUAUAUCGCGCCUGUGUCUGCUUGGUUCAGCACGCACUUUGGCCCUGAAGUCUCGUACAGCAAGAAUUGGGUUUUCCCGUCUGAUCUUUUGUGGUUUCGUCGCUGGAACGACAUUUUGGCAAUGGGUCCACAGUUCUUAGAGAUCAUCACAUGGAACGAUUUUGGAGAGUCUCAUUACAUUGGCCCAUUGUCUUCCAAGCAUUACGAUGACGGCAACUCCAAGUGGACCAAUGAUAUGCCGCACGACGGCUGGCUAGAUAUGGCUAAGCCCUUCAUUGCCGCCUACCACGCUGGGUCAAAAACAGUGGAUGACUAUAUCACUAAUGACGAGCUCGUAUAUUGGUAUCGGCCUACGUUGCGUUCACUUGACUGCGAUGCGACCGAUACGACAAUGGUAACAGCAAACAAUGCGAGUGGGAACUAUUUCCAGGGUAGACCUGAUGGCUAUGAAGAUAUGGAAGAUACUGUCUUCGUUGUUGCCAUGCUUACUGCCCCUGGAACCGUGACGGUAACUUCUGGUGGCAACGCGAAAACUUUUAACGCCCCAAAGGGUGCUUCUGCUUAUCAAGUUCCCAUGUCAGUGGGAAAACAACAGUUUUCGCUCACUCGCGACUCGACAACAGUCCUCAGUGGAGAUUCGCUCAAGGAUAUCUCGUCGACUUGUAUUUGCGGCAUAUACAACUUCAAUGCAUAUGUUGGCACACUUCCAACUGGCCUCUCCGAUCCACUCGGUGUCGAUGGACUGGCAUCUUUGACUGUAGGCCUCCAUGUAUCGACAUGCUCAGCCGCACCGAGUCUGGGUACAGCACCAGCACCGGCAUCUCAGACGGGAGCGGUCAGUAAUUCAACACCAUCUACCACGGCCGGGACAGCAGCCGCAUCUUCUACAAAACCAAGUAGCACAAGAUCACCAGGCUCUGCCAGCCAAUCCACAUCCACAUCCGCAACACCAACCAAAACAACGGCAUCCGGCAGCUCAAGCCCAACAAUUGGCACCUGCGUUGCCGGCACUGUUGCUCUGGGCAUGUCAGACAAUCUUAGCGGGCUCUGCAGCUUCUCCUGCGGCUAUGGAUACUGCCCAACGGGAGUCUGUACCUGCACGAGCAAUGGUACGCCGGUUCCGCCGCCUCAGACCGGGACAAUGGGUUGUGCUUUGCAGGGUGAAGAUGGGAGUUAUACUGAGCUGUGUAGCUUCGCAUGUAGUCGUGGAUAUUGUCCGUCGGGGGCUUGUAGUUCUAGCUGCUGA